AUGCCCAGAUGGAAAUGGCAACACCGAAACAGCUGGGGCAUCUACUGCUCCUCUGCAGAGUGGACCGAAUCGGCGAGCGCUCGCCGUGUCUCUGCAAUCGGCCAGCCGAGCGUGGAGGAAAUCGGUGCUUUUUGGAUCUCUUCUGUGGAUUUGAACUCUAUGGUGAUCGUCCUUUCGUUGGAGCCGACCUCUUAUCGGCUCAAGCCAAGUAGUAGAGAGCUGCGGGGAGCGCGCUCGCUGGGGAGCCGUCACCGGCCAGGUCACAACGGAAUUCCCCAAGGGCUGACAUACGCCAUACGCGCGCACCAGGAUAGUUCUGGUGGCACCAGGGAAGUCAUGGGGGCCUACAAAUACUUGGAGGAGAUGUGGAGGAAGAAGCAAUCAGAAGCUUGGAGCGACUUCAGCUGGGGGAAUGCCAUGUCCAACAAAGGCGAUGUGAUGCGCUUCUUAGCCCGGCUCCGAAACUGGGAGUUUCGUCAAUUGCCAGCGGUUCAUCGAUGCUCGCGCCCCACUCGUCCAGACAAAGCUCGGAAGGUUGGAUACAAGGCAAAGCAGGGCUAUUGCAUCUACCGCGUGCGUGUGAAGCGUGGAGAUCGCAAGAAGCGAGUGGCCAAGGGUAUCGUGUACGGGAAGCCUACGAACCAGGGCAUCAACAAGUGGAAGUCUGUCCGGAACCUGCGCAGCAUCGCUGAGGAGCGAGUGGGUCGCAAAUGCGGAAGCCUUCGAGUGCUGAAUUCCUACUGGGUGGCGCAGGAUGCUGUCCACAAGUGGUACGAAGUGGUCAUGGUGGAUCCUUUCCAUUCGGUCAUUCGCAACGACCCCCGCAUCAACUGGAUCUGCAAGCCGGUGAUGAAACACCGCGAGUUGCGAGGACUCACAGCUGCCGGCCGCAAGGCACGUGGACUUCUGAAGAAAGGCAAGCGCGCAACCAAGCUCCGCCCAUCCGCACGCGCGGUCUACCGUGGCGGGCUCAGUCUUUGGGGGAGAUCGGGUACCAACCUGGGGUUGUCAUGGCUUCUCCAUCUUAGUGGGAUAUAUAUGGAUAAGACAUUCUGUAAACUAUAUAUUCAACUAAUGAUUUAUGGGGAUUUGACAUGA